AUGAGUAACGAUGAGAUCGAACAGCGCUGCACUGAGCUACGACAUGAAUUGAAGGCCUGGGAAAAGAAGUUUUCAGCAGAGAAUAAUGGCCGAAAGGCGGGACGCGAUGAUAUCAAGGCUAAUGCCGAGAUUUCGCAAAUGUACAAAGACUACAACAAACUACGAGUACGAUUGUCAAGCAAAGCAGCGCCGCAGACCCCCUCGAAGCGAACCCCAAGCCGAAGAGCGAGCCUCGAUGUCGAACGAACACCAAAAGCCGCGCCCAAGCCCACCGUCUCUACACCGUUGAAGAGGAAACGAGAGGACGGUGAUGCAAUAGAGAACGUAGAUCUAGCAGCCGAGCUUCUGUCUCCACAAGGACCUACCGCCAUAGGACCUACGCCCCAGCGCGACGGGAUAGUUCUAGGUCUCUUCGACAUGCUCCCAUAUGCAUAUGGCACACCAAGCAAACCGAGGACUGUACUAGGAGAUGUGGGGUUAAAUGUGCCGCAAACUCCGAGUAGGGGACUUCAAGAUGCAGCAAGUGAGACAUCACUAGAGUCAAGAGCAAGGGGAGAGCGGACGCCACUGUCGGCGGGGAAGCGGUUUCUUUUGAACCAAUUCGUCACACCGAAGAAGAGAAGGUUAGACGAGGAGGGUACACCGUCAUCUACGACUCGAGGUCUAGCUACACCUGCAUUCCUCAGGAGAGACAAUGUGCUGAAUGCUAUUGACGAGGAGGAGGAGCCAAUAUCACGACCAGCACCUUGGAUGCGACGCGGACUUGGACGUAGCUUGAGUUCCAUGAUACAAGCGAUGAGGAAAGAUGAAGACGACAAACUUGAUGAAGAGGCGGACAUAAUGCGCGAACUGGAAAUGGAGGAAGAAGGCAUCGCCGUCCCCAGGAAACCCAGAGCGUCACAGAUACUGAUAGAAGAUAGCCAAGCUGCUAUGCCCUUAGGGCCAGACCGAGGUCUUGAGUCUGACGAAGGCAGUGAGGAAGAACCAGAACUCGGGCCUGAUGGAAAGCCACGAAGGGUCUGGAAAAAGAAGGGUUUGAAGAGGCAGACGCGGCGUGUAAUAAUGCGCCCGAACAUUGUAAAGCCCAAGCCAACGCCAGCACCACAGACAAACGACGACCCAGAGGGAGAACAAGCAGGGGUGCCAGAAACUCAAGUACCAGCGGUUCUGGAAGACGAGUUUGGCUCAGACUUGGAUGGAGAUUCAGACUACGCGAGUGACGCUUCACACACCCCGAGACGAAAAGUGCCCGCAAAGAAGCCAGAACAAGCAGAGGAGAAGCCUGUCAAAGAGAGCGCACUCAAGACGGCGGCCCGCAAGAUCAAAGCUACGGCAAACGCAAAUUAUCGGAGGCUCAAUAUCAAAGGCAAAGCAGGGACUGGUGCGAAGGGAAAGUUUGGAAGGAGGAGAUAA